AAAUUCAGAACCACACGUGGUAACUAAUAAUGAAAGAUUUCAAACCCCAAACAGUGCAACUGAAACUUUUGUAUUAGCAUACUACUGAGAAUAUCUAACAUGUUGUUACUAAUCAAUGUCAUUCUGACCUUGUGGGUUUCCUGUGCUAAUGGACAAGUGAAGCCUUGUGAUUUUCCAGACAUUAAACAUGGAGGUCUAUUUCAUAAGAAUAUGCGUAGACCACACUUUCCAGCAGCUGUAGGAAAAUAUUACUCCUAUUACUGUGAUGAACAUUUUGAGACUCCUUCAGGAAGUUACUGGGAUUACAUUCAUUGCACACAAAAUGGGUGGUCGCCAGCAGUACCAUGUCUCAGAAAAUGUUAUUUUCCUUAUUUGGAAAAUGGAUAUAAUCAAAAUUAUGGAAGAAAGUUUGUACAGGGUAACUCUACAGAAGUUGCCUGCCAUCCUGGCUACCGUCUUCCAAAAGCACAGACCACAGUUACAUGUACGGAGAAAGGCUGGUCUCCUACUCCCAGAUGCAUCCGUGUCAGAACAUGCUCAAAAUCAGAUAUAGAAAUUGAAAAUGGAUUCAUUUCUGAAUCUUCCUCUAUUUACAUUUUAAAUAAAGAAAUACAAUAUAAAUGUAAACCAGGAUAUGCAACAGCAGAUGGAAAUUCUUCAGGAUCAAUUACAUGUUUGCAAAAUGGAUGGUCAACACAACCAAUUUGCAUUAAAUUUUGUGAUAUGCCUGUUUUUGAGAAUUCCAGAGCCAAGAGUAAUGGCGUGCGGUUUAAGCUCCAUGACACAUUGGACUACGAAUGCUACGAUGGAUAUGAAAUCAGUUAUGGAAACACCACAGGUUCCAUAGUGUGUGGUGAAGAUGGGUGGUCCCAUUUGCCAACAUGUUAUAAUUCUUCAGAAAAGUGUGGGCCUCCUCCACCUAUUAGCAAUGGGGGUACCACCUCCUUUCUACUAAAAGUGUAUGUGCCACAGUCAAGAGUCGAGUACCAAUGCCAGUCCUACUAUGAACUUCAGGGUUCUAAUUAUGUAACAUGUAGUAAUGGAGAGUGGUCGGAACCACCAAGAUGCAUACAUCCAUGUAUAAUAACUGAAAAAAACAUGAAUAAAAAUAACAUAAAGUUAAAAGGAAGAAAUGACAGAAAAUAUUAUGCAAAAACAGGGGAUACCAUUGAAUUUAUGUGUAAAUUGGGAUAUAAUGCAAAUACAUCAAUUCUAUCAUUUCAAGCAGUGUGUCGGGAAGGGAUAGUGGAAUACCCCAGAUGCGAAUAAGGCAACAUUGGUACCCUAAAUGUAUGUCCAACUUCCACUUCUUCCACUUCUCAGUCUUAUGGUCUCAAAGCUUGCAAAGAUAGCUUCUGAUAUUGUUGUAAUUUCUACUUUAUUUCAAAGAAAAUUAAUAUAAGAGUUUCAAUUUGCAACUUAAUAUGUUCUCAAAAAUAUAUUAAAACAAACUAAAUUAUUGCUUAUGCUUGUACUAAAAUAAUAAAAACUACUCUUAUAUUGGACUUCUUAUCAAUGAAUUAGUAAGUAUAGAGACAGACAGCUGAAUGGCUUUCUGCAUAUUGUAUAGUAUACCUAGACAUAGAAACAAAAUGACUUCAGAUUUUAUUUGGGGAAGUAAUAAUACCAUAAAAUUAGAUAUUAAAAUUAUAAGUGAAAAUAAACACACUAUAGUAUUCCCUUAUUGUAGCCAUGGUCCUCUAGAUGCAGUUAACCAAAUAGGGUCAUUUUUAUUAAAAGUAGUGUUUCCUGCCAAACACUGACAUUACAUCAUUAUCAUGAUUUAAAGGAAAUAGUACUAAAGAAGGUGAAUUAUUAUCAUUUUCCUGUGAAAAAAGAAAAGAGGUUUUGCUAACCCUUUCAGAGCAUUGGGAACACAGCCAGAAGUGCAUUAAAUGUAUAUAUUAACUUGGGCAAUGUUGACACUUUAGGAUGCUGAAGCCAGGUGCAGUGGCACACGCCUGUAAUCCCAGCACUUUGAGAGGCCAAGCUGGGAAUCAUCAGAGGUCAAAAGUUCAAGACCAGCCUGGUCAACACGGUGAAACCCUGUCUCUACUAAAAACAGAAAAACUAGCUGGGCAUGAUGGCGUGCACCUGUAGUCCCAGCUACUCAGGAGGCUGAGGUGGGAGAAUCACUUUAACCAGUGGGGCAGAGGUUGAACUGAGCCAAGAUAGUGCCACUGCACUCCAGCCUGGGCAACAGACUGAGACUCUGUCUUAAAAAGAAAUAAAUAGGAUGCUGAAAAUUCCUAUUUAAGGAAAUAAUUCUUUUUCUGAUUUGUUUAAGGCUACAUUUGUAUUUUCUUAAUACAAAUAUUUUGAAAGUUUCUUCAUAUAUGGUUUUUGCAUUUCUUAUUAAGUUUUGCUUCAGAUUUUUUUUGGUCUUUUCUCCUGUUAAUUGCCUUCACUCUCUGUUCUGUACUUUUCUUUGUAUAUAAGGAGUUUUUGAAAAGAUUGUAUAUCCCUGUUAACAAAUUGAAAUCCCCAUUCACUUUAAUAGAUUUUUACCCCCAGUUAGCAUAUGGUUAGUGAGAAGUUGCAGGGUAAGAAGAAAACAAUGUUCCCUUUCCCAACACUUUUCCUGAUUAUAGAGAAAAAAGCAUGAACUUGUAUAAUGAUCUAGUCCUGUACAGAAUGAGAAAUAUUAAUUGCUAGACUGAGAAUGUUUUGGUGACUAAAGCUAGGAAUAACUUUUUAAGACUGAAGAAUGAUAUAAGCUAUCAAAUCUAACUCAGUUUUCAAAUAACAGGUUUGCAGAGACUGGAGAAUAAAAAGUAAAAAAUUGUUUUAUUAAUUCCAGUGACUAAUUCUACUUCAUCAACAUAUAUCAUAAAUAAAAUUUCAAAAAUAAUUGCUGAUAUGGUUUGACUGUGUCCCCACCCAAUUCUCACCUUGAAUUAUAUAAUCCCCAUGCAUCAAAGGUGCAAGCCAGGUGGAGAUAAUGGAAUCAUGGGAGCAGUUUCCCCAUACCCCACUCAUGGUAGUAAAUACGUCUCAUGAGAUCUAAUGGUUUUAUAAAUGAAAGUUCCCCUGGACAAGUUCUCUUGCCUGCCACCAUGUAAGAUGUACCUUUGCUACUCAUUCACCUUCUGCCAUGAUGGUGAGGCCUUCCCAGCAAUGUGGAACUGUGAGUCCAUUAAACCUCUUUCCUUUAUAAAUUA